AGCAUGAGAGGAAGAAUCAAAAGGUGUACAUCUUGUAAAAUAUUCAGAUUUGUCACAGGGACUGGGUGGCAGAAUCUCUCCUAAUGCAUGUGGAAAAUAAAGUGUGAUGAUUGCAACAUAAGGCAACUUGUGGCUUACUUCUUGUCCCACGCCCUGGUUGUAACUGCCUUCUAUAAUUUUGUACAUAACUGUAACAGAAAUGUUGUGACUGUAUCUUUUGCUGCCUCUUGGCCAGGGCUCCCUCAAAACUGAGAACUUUAAUCUCAAUGGAACCUUCCUGGUUAAAUAAAGAAUAUAAAAAUAAGUAAAUAAAAUGUAUUUAGAUAAUGAAACGUCAAAAAGGGAAAUUAUUUUACUUGUUUGUCAGUGCAUUUGAAGAAACAACUUAAAAUGUUAUUUAUUUAACCAGAUGAGUCGAUAGAGAACUCAUUCUCAUUUACAACAACGAUCUGGCCAAGAGGCAGCAGCAACAGACACAUAAUUAGCUUUACAUCAAAGAAAAACAAAUGAGAUAAAAACAAACAAGAUUAAAAUAAAGUAAAUUACAGAAUUAUUAUAACAGGUGUAAAACUAACUUGUCUUUACUUUAAGUAAUUGUUUGAGGAAGAUAUCACAUGUUAUGUGUGUUUUAUUAGUCCCAUUCUGAACACACAGGUGUGUUUUAUUCUGCUCCAGCAGGUGGCGCUAGUGCACCUUUACGCUGGUCACCGACCACCUGAAGAAGAAGAAACCGGAAGCUGCUAGCAGAGCUAGCUUGUUGUUCUGGUGUGUGAGGAGAACAUUUGAGGCUCUGCAGUAAAAAUGUCUUCACUUCAGUCUCUGGGAGAGUUGAUCAGCUAAAGCGACUAACUGCUGCUGCUGCAGAAAUCUUCUCACCAGGCUGUGGAAACUUUCUUCUCCUCCUCAACAACUUGGUGGAGUUCUUUCCAGAACCAGAGAAGAUAUUCUGCGGUCUUCGUGACAAUCGGAGCUCCAGGAUCAGGUUGUGGAUUGAAGAGGUUCCCUCUAUCAGACUCGCUCAUCUGAGUUGGUCAUGAUGCAGGAUCGCUGCUCGCUCUCUCAUCCAUCCUGCUCACACUCUCCGACGGAAAAGCCCCGAAUCUGAAUGUGACUCUGGAGGAAAAAGCGGUUAGCUCUACUCCGUGAACUCUGCUGUUAGCUAAACACGGCUAAAGAAAACCUGCUACCACUUCAGGAUCAUCCAUCAGCUGGGACUGAUUCAUCGUGUGUUCUUCACCACCUGGACCUGGACAGCAUGGACACAGAUGUUCAACAGCUGGUGCUGGUUAAAGAAGAAGAUCCUGAAGAACAGAGUGCUGGUGUGGACCAGCAGGACCCAGAACACCUCCACAUAAAGGAGGAACAGGAGGAGCUCUGGACCAGUCUGGAGGGAGAGCAUCUCUGUUUGAAGGAGGAGACUGAAGCUGUCGGGUCUCCUGUUACUGCUGUUUCUAUAAAGAGUGAGGAUGAUGAAGAGAAACCUCUGGUCUCACAGCUUCAUCAGCAGCAAAUAGAAGACAGAGAUGUUCCAACCAGCAGCUCAGCUGACCAGAUGACCGCAGAAACUGGUGGAGGAGCAGGAACUAGCAGGAACCCAGAUCUGAACCCUCAUGAACAAACAUCUGAUUCUUCAGAGACUGAAGUUAGUGGAGAUGAUGAAGAUGUGAAUCUGGACUCUGAGCUGUCAGACUCUGGGUCUGAAACUGGAGAUGAAGAUGAUGACUGGAAUGAGAGCAGGUCUUCUGAGUCAGAUGAUUCAAGGAAGAGAGAGGAGAUGGAUGAGAAACCUCUGCACUUACAUUUCCACAACCAUCCAAUGAAAGACGGAGGUGUCCCAACCAGCAGCUUGGCUGGGAAGAUGACAGCAAAAGUUGGUGGAGGAGCAGAAACUAUAAAGAACCUAGAUCUGGACCCUAAUGAAAAGACAUCCGAUUCUUCAGAGACUGAAGUUAGUGGAGAAGAUGAAGAUGAUGUGAAUCUAGACUCUGAGCGUUCAAACUCUGGGCCUGAAACUGGAAACGGAGACAAUGGCUGUAAUGAGAACAAGUCUUCGGAGUCAAAUAUUAAGACCGUCAACAAAUCAUUUACCUGCCCUGUGUGUGGUAUACGGUUCCUCCACAAGUGGUGUCUUCAGAAACAUGUGAGAGUGACAAGUCAUUCAGCAGUAAAGUCUUCAGAGUGUUUGGUUAAUACAAAAUGUGUGAAAGAGAAACAGCAUGGAGUCUCAUGCAGAAGAGUCCAGAAACAACUGAAAUCAUUUAGUUGUGAUGACUGUGGGAAAAGAUUUAGCCUAAAGUCCACUUUAACCAGUCAUAUGAAAGGCCACACUGGAGAAAAGCCUUUUGCCUGUGAGCUCUGUGGAUACAGAUGCACCCAAAAGGCAAGUUUAAACAAACACAUGAGAGACCACACAGGGGAGAAGCCUCUUGCCUGUGAGCUCUGUGGACAAAGAUUUAGCCAUAAACAUAAUUUAAGCAAACACAUGAAAGUCCACACAGGAGAGAAGCCUUUUGCCUGUGAGCUCUGUGGAUACAGAUGUACCCAAAAGGCAAGUUUAAACACACACAUGAGAGUCCACACAGGGGAGAAGCCUUUUGCCUGUGAGCUCUGUGGAUACAGAUGUAGCCAUAAACAUAGUUUAAAUACACACAUGAGAGUCCACACAGGAGAAAAACCUUUUGCCUGUGAUCUCUGGACAAAGAUUUUGCCAUAA